AUGUUUACUCGCUCAUUUACUGAACAUGUAGAAAAAUUUGCUGUUGCAGUAUCUUGUCUUGAUGAGUUCGAUACAGACGAAGAUAAACGUACUUAUUUGAGGUCUUUAAUAUCUCCGCCUG